AGAUCACUCCAUGACUUCCCUCAAUGGGUCCAAAGGUCAUUUUUUGCCCGUUUUUUGCCCAUAUUCGGACUAAUUGAGGGGAGUGUUACCAUUAUCCAAAUUAAUUUUUCUUUCUUUUUUUUUGUUAUUUUAUCUUUUUGAAGAAAAUAAAAAUAUAAUGUUAAGCUUAAUUUUUUUUUUUAUUUGAACAAUGAAGAUCAAAAAAUUCAAAAACAUUGAUUUAUUUUACUAUAUUUCACUACCUUUUACUACCUAUGUCCUAUGUACCAUUUUAAUGUGUUUUCUGUUAUACUUUAAAUACGCGUAUAAAUGUUUCAUUUUGUGAACAAUUAUAUUUUACCUUGUGUAUGCAAUUUGAUUUUUAACUUAUUUUAUAUUUUUAGUUACCAUUUAUCUUUUUAGUAACUAAUUAACUUAAAAAAAAAUUAUUUUAUAGUAAAAUGCCACUAAAAAAGAAGUUGAAGCUUACUCGAAAUAAGGCUGAAGUAUUUCUAGUAAAGAAAGUUAGAGAAAAUCUUUCAUGUUAUAAACUUCCUACUGGCAUAGAGGUUUUGCAAUACUACCUAUAUCUAAGAAACUUGAAUCCCAAAGUAAAUAAAACGGUUUUAAUUAGGUGUCAUUUCAAAAUUAAUUCAUUUGAGCUCAGAUGCCCUUCACAAGCUGACUGUUGCGUAAUGUCUAAAUUGGUAAGGCCAUGGAAUCUUGCAGGGUUCCCUAUCAUAACCUUGGAAAAUAUCAGAAAGAAGAUUGAUAAAAUGGUGAACAAUUAUUACAAGUUAAAGAAGAAUAGCAAAAGGAACAGCCCAACAGAUACGAAAAGGAAUGAGGCAUUUUUUGAAGAAAUGUUAAAAUGCUUUUGGAUUAGUAAAAAAAAAAAAGAACUAAUUGAAGAUAUUAUAAAAGACAGGAGAAGGACAUCCGAAGCCAAAAAUGAAGAUAUUGUGUUUAUCUUAGACCAAAUUGGAAAUAGGAUAGGAAGAAUAGGAACAAAUGAUAAAAGGUUUACGUACACUAUUAAGAGACAAAAAAUUGUGUUUCAUGUUAAACACAAUGAGGAUUAAAGUAAAUAAUGGUAACAAUCUAUACAGUUUAGAAAACUCUUCAAGUAGUGGUAAUAAUUCUGACUGUGAAUAUGUAGCAGAUAUAAAAAAAGAACAAUCUACCUCUGUUGUUUUGUUACCAAAAAAUAUUUAAAAAAACACAGCUCUCACAGCAAUAGGUGAAGGACUUUCAGUUAGACAACACACUGCAAUAGUGGCAAGUGUUAUUGCUAAUUCAGGAGGUGAUGUUACUAAUUUUACAAUAUCUUCUUCAACCGCAUUUAGAGUUGCAGAAGAAGUUGUAACUAAAGAGGGAGAAAAGAUUAAAAAGCACGUUACUGAUCUUGUUAAAUCUUCAUCAUUACCAAUUAUUCUCCAUUUUGAUGGAAAAAUAGUUAAGGAGUUCACAAGCGGAAUAGAACAUCAACUUGACAGACUUGCUGUUUCCAUCAGGAUAGAUGGACAGAGUGAGCUUCUUGGGGUUCCUCAUUUGAGCUCUAGUACUGGAGAAACACAGACGAAUACAAUCAUUUAACUUCUUCAUCAAUUUGAUAUUUUUGAUAAAUUUCAAGGAUGCGUUUUUGAUACAACUUCUGUAAAUACUGGUAAUAAAAAGGGUGUGUGCAUUAGAUUAGCUGCAGAGCUUGAUAGACCACUACUUCUCCUAGCAUGUAGGCAUCACAUCUAUGAAAGGCAUAUUAUUCACUGCUGGAACAUUUAUCCAAGCAGUAAAAUAAAUGGUCCAGAUAAUCCAUUGUUUAAGAAGCUAAAAGAUGUAUGGAACUCAAUUGAUCAAAAUUCCAUUGUGUUAAACAAAGUAAAAAUUGAAGAUAUUUCUGAUAGCUGGCUGCAGGUACAGUUCAAAGAAGCCUUAUCUUUUUCUCAAAAUAUUAUCAGAAUGAAAACAAUGAAAAAGGAUGGAUGUAGGUCUGAUUAUCUAGAGUUAGUGGAAUUGACAACAAUGGUUUUAUCUGGUGAUGAACAGUACAUGCUAAGAAAACCUGGGCCUGUACACCAUGCCAGAUUUAUGGCAAAUGGAAUAUACUUUCUGAAAAUGUAUCUCCUUCUAAACAACAUUUCUAGCUUGACAGAUUUUGAGAAGAAAUAAAUAAAUGAUAUGGCAUUCUUCACAGCUGUAUUUUACACUGAGUGGUUUAUAAAGGCUGAAAUUCCGGCUGUCGCUCCAUAUCAGGAUAUGAAAGCUCUUUGGCAGAUGAUGAGAUACUCAAAAAUCAAUCCUGUCCAGGCAAAACCUGUUAUAGAGUCUCUAAAGAGACACACCUGGUACAUAGACCCAAAUAUUUUAGUUAUGUCUCUUGUUGACAAAAAUGUACAAGAACGGAGUGACAUUUCCAAGAAGUUGUACUCAACCCCAAGACCUACAACUUAUGCCAUAGAAAGACAUCAAGUUAAUUUAAAUAUACUGAACUCCCUUAUGUUUAAUGAUGAUACUCCCCCAAGUUUGACCCCGCUUAUAACUGACCAGAGUUGGUUAAUUUUUCAUAUCUUAAACCAUGCAAAUGCUGAAGUACAGUGGCUUAAGACUCCAUCUGAGACAUGGGAUCUAAAUGACUAUUACUUAGAAUUCAAACAAUUUGUGAAUAAUCUUGAAGUAGUAAAUGACUGUAGUGAGAGGGCUAUAAAACUAGUUCAGGAGUUGAUCAAUAAAUCGCAUAAUGAGGAUAAAAGACAAAGUACCUUCCUCGUAUCAAACAAAUAUAAGAGUGAAAGAACAAUUUAAAAAAAUGUGAUUAUGUAAAGAAUUCUUUGUUUACAAAAUAAAUUUAUAAACAUGAACUAUGUUUGACAACUGAU